AUGGGCGAAAAGCGCAAAAAGCAUCAUGAUAAGGACAAGUACUACAACUUGGCCAAAGAACAAGGAUUGCGGUCUCGUGCCGCGUUCAAGUUGAGUCAAAUCAAUCGCAAAUUUCCCUUUCUUCAAGAUGCUCGCAUCGUAUUGGAUCUGUGUGCCGCUCCCGGUGGAUGGACCCAAAUUGCCGCUCGUACCAUGCCUCGUGCCGAUCAUACCCACAUUGUAGCGGUCGAUAUUCUCCCCAUUCGAUCCUUUCCCGGUUUUCAAGGUCGCAUCACCACAUUGAUUGGAGACAUUACCACGGCCAAAUGCAAAGCGGACAUUAGCAAGACACUCAAGAUCGUUGGUGUAAAUCCAAGUCAAAACAGCAAUAACAACAAAAAGAACGACGCCACGUGUGACUUGGUCUUGCACGAUGGAGCUCCCAAUGUUGGAGCCAGUUACGACAAGGACGCCUACGAACAAAACGAAAUUUCCGUACACGCUCUCAAAUGUGCCACGCAACAUUUGAAAGCCCGCGGUCAUUUUGUCACCAAGGUCUAUCGGAGUCGCGAUUAUGCGUCCUACGUGUGGGUCUGUCAACAAUUGUUUGAAACCGUCACGGCAUUCAAGCCCAAGGCAUCGCGUGCCCAAUCGGCCGAAAUCUUUUUGAUUUGUCAAACAUACAAGGCACCGGAAAAGAUUGAUCCUCGCAUGUUGGAUCCCAAACACAUCUUUGAACAAGUCGAAGGAGAUUCCAGUGGCGCCUUGGCAACCGGGGAUGGUGUGCAUGUCUUUCACAAGGCGUGGGAUCAGAAACGACGACAACGCAAUGGAUACGACAUGACACAUUUCGAUGCGACCAUGAGGCACAUUGAACCCGUGGCCAACUUUAUCAACGCGGCGGGCGUCAAGGAUGCCAUUCUAAUUUUGAGUACUUGUACCGGAUUGGGUUUUACGUGCGAACAGUGUAAACCAGAAAACAACAACAACAAACAACAGCAAGAGUCGUCCUCGUGCAAGUGUCAAUUCUUUUUGCGGCAUCCAUUUACCACACCCGAAACCAAGGAUUGUGUCAGUGAUUUAAAAGUACUCAACAAGGGAGAUUUCAAAGGACUGCUGACUUGGAGAACCAAAAUGCAAGAGGCGUUGCAAGCUGUCAAGGACAUGAAAGAGGACGGUGAUGAUGACAGUGACAGCGAUGAUAGCGACGACGAAUCCGGCAAAGCCGGUGGUGACGAGGAUGACUCGGACAAGGAAGAAGCCGAGAUUCAGGGAGAGAUUGCCGAGCUCCGACAAAAGCGUCUCCGAGAAAAGAAGAAACUAAAGAAAAAGGAGCGAGCUCAAGCCGCCAAGCGACGUCGGCAGGCAGCUCUGGGCAUGGAUUUGAAUGCCAUUGAUGUCCCAGAACAUGAAAAGAUCUUUUCUCUGGCGACAAUCAAUUCCAAAGGGGCGCUCGAGGCGGCCUCGGAAGUCAAUCUGGACAAGGUCACCGAUGCGGAUAUCAUGCCCGAUGAGGGAGAGGAAGAUAUUGUGGUCGACCUGGAUGAAUCCUUGAAAAAGGAGGGAGCCGAAAAGGACGAAAAUACUGGAUACAGCUAUCGGUUGGACGAGGAAAUGGACGAGGCAUAUGAUCGAUACCUGAGCUUGACCAAGGAUGGUCUAGCCAAGAGCGGUACCAAAAUGGCAAAGCGAAAGAAAAAGUCCAAACGUAUCAAUGCCUUGGAGGAAGCAGAAGAAGACGAAGCUCUCUUGCUUAAAACGGAGCAAUCGCUCAGUCACGAUGCCAAAACGUAUGCAGAGAUGUUGUCGGGUCCCAGAGACAGCGAUGACUCGUCGGAUGAUGAUGACAAGGAGAGUGACGACGACGACGAUGAUGGUUUCAAAAGCGAGCCAAUGACGCCAGAGGAGUUUGCUGCCACAAAACGCUCUCUUCAAGCCAAGAAGGAGAAAGAACAGCAAAACAAGAAUCCCCUGAUCCAUACUAUCGGAGAAGAGACAACCUCAGCCAAGACCGCUCGAUGGUUCAGCAAUCCACUGUUUGCCAACAUUGGGCAAAAGGCCGAGUCUGCGGCUGCUCGAGACCAGAAGAAGAAGAAAAGCAAGGACACCCCCAAGCUAAAGGGGUUGGAUGCAGAAGAAGUCUUGGCCAGCAUGCCCAAGACAGACAAACAGAAGCGCCACGAGAAGAGGCUCAAAGACAUGGCCAGAGACGAGCGGAAGAAAGCCAGAAAAGCAAAGAAGCUGGGGGAAGCGGAAGCCGCCUUUGAAAUUGCACCCGCCAACGACGACGACAGCGAUGGCGAGGAAGAAGACCAGAAACUUAUGCAUCUCAGCGAGUCGCAAAAGAAAAAAGUAUUGGAAGCUCGAGAACUCAUCAAGGCUGGAAUGGGAAAAGCUACUGGUGACGGGGACAAGAAAGGUAUCGAAAUCGUGUCCGAAGCAGAUACGCAGAGUGCCUUGCCCAUCAUGGAUCAUCGCAAGUAUGACUCGGACCAUGAGGACUACGACAGUGACGACUAUGCGGAAACAUUGGCGCUUGGUACGAUGACACUUCGCCACAGUAAGAUGAAGGCCUUCGUGGAUGCUUCCUACAACCGAUAUGCGUGGAAUGAUCCAGAGGGACUACCCGAUUGGUUUGUGGAUGACGAGAACAAACACUACCGACCAAAGCUUCCGAUCCCACCAGCCUUGAUUGCAAAGAUCAAGGAGAAGCAGAUGGCCCUGUCGGAGAAGCCUAUCAAGAAAGUGGCUGAGGCGAGAGCUCGAAAGAGCAAGAGGGCCAAGGUGAAGCUUGCGGCUGCCAAAAAGAAGGCGGAAGCAGUAGCCAACAACUCGGACAUGUCAGAAGCCAUGAAACUGAAAGCAAUCAGCAAGGCACUGCGACAGCAAGAUACGAAGAAGCCAUCGAAGACCUAUGUGAUAGCCAAAAAGGGUCGAUCGUUAGGAGCCAAGGGUGUGAAGCUGGUUGACAAAAGGAUGAAGAACGACAAGAGAUCGAUGGAACGAGCAGUCAAGAAGGGCAAGAAAGGCAAGCAAAACAAAAUGACCGGGAGCAAAAUGCGCCGACACCACAAGUAG